AUGUCAAUGCCAUCAACUCUCCUUACAUUCAUGACAGGGGAAAGGCAAUUGCUUCUUUUAGCCCUGGAGAGCAUGCUAGGCUGCUUCCACAUUAAUAUAUUCAUCUCUAAUCUGCGAGGGCUUAUGUUUCUGAAAGCAGUAGACAUGGGUGAUACUGAUGGAGCAGACAAUGUAUUUGUUCAAUCAAAAUCUGAAGGGAAGCUUUGGUACACUUUCUGUGGAGUUUUCACCUUCCUUCAGCAUAGGAUUUUUGAACUAAAGAAACCACUUCAAGAGUUGGUUGUCAGUGAGAGGUGGAAGCAAUGGAAGAUUAAUAUACCAUAUGAGAUUUCAAGUAUUGAAGCUACCAUUUUAGGGGAUGAUUUCUGGCGCAGUGCUCAUCUGUUGCGAUUAUUUGAGCCUUUUGUAAGAUUGCUUGGUACGCUUGAUGUUGACAAACUUGUCAUGGGAGAUGUCUGUGAUUGGCGGGUGCAGGCUCUUGAAGCUGUGAAAAGUAAGGAUGUUGAUAAUGGCACAUUGAGUCAGUUGGAAGAGCUAAUAGAGAACAGAGAUAAAAUUCGCAGACCGGCGCGCAGGCACUUAGAGAGCAGCUCAACUCUUACUGGCGACUGGAGGGCUCCUUCGGAGAUUGAAGAUGUUGUGGAUUGUAGUGAUAAAAUGGACCCAACACUAGCUGUGAAAGUUUUGAGUCAGGUUUCAAGCAUUGCAAUGUGUCAAGAGAGAUGGCAAGAGUAUGAGUUUCCAGGUCAAGAAACGGCCAGCAGAUUUGGAGUGGACACAGAGUGGAGGAUCUUGGUUUUGUCAGAAACAGUCUCAGACUAA